UGCCCUGGAGGUGGGAGGAGUGCAGUCAGCCUGGUUCCUGGUUGUGGCCCCAGUGGAGCUCGGGGAUCAUGGACAUUGAAGCAUAUUUUAAAAGAAUUGGUUACAAGAACUCUAGAAUCAAAUUGGACUUGGAAACAUUAACUGACAUUCUUCAGCACCAGAUCCGAGCCAUUCCCUUUGAGAACCUUAACAUCCAUUGUGGGGAACCCAUGGAAUUGGGCUUGGAGGGCAUUUUUAAUCAAAUUGUGGAGAGAAACCGGGGUGGGUGGUGUCUCCAGGUCAAUCAUCUUCUCUACUGGGCUCUCACCACAAUUGGUUUUGAGACCACCAUAUUAGGAGGGUAUGUUUACAACCCUACAGCCAACAAAUAUAGCAAUCGCAUGAUUCACCUCCUGCUGAAGGUGACCAUUGAUGGCAGGAACUACAUCACUGAUGCUGGGUUUGGUCGCUCUUACCAGAUGUGGCAGCCUAUGGAGUUAAUUUCUGGGAAGGAUCAGCCUCAAGUGCCUUGCAUCUUUCGCUUGACAGAAGAGAAUGGAAUCUGGUACCUGGACCAAAUCAGAAGAGAACAGUACAUUCCAAACCAAGAAUUUCUUAAUUCUGAUCUGCUGGAAAAGAAUAAAUACCGAAAAAUCUACAACUUUACUCUUGAACCUCGAACAAUUGAAGAUUUUGAGUCUGUGAAUACAUAUCUUCAGGUAUCUCCAGCAUCUGUGUUCACAAGCAAGUCAUUCUGUUCGUUGCAGACCCCAGAAGGGGUUCACUGUUUAGUGGGCUUCACUCUUACCUAUAGGAAAUUCAAUUUUAAGGAUAACAUGGAUUUGGUGGAGUUUAAGACACUGAAUGAGGAAGAAGUAGAAGAAGAGCUGAAAAAUACAUUUAAUAUUUCCUUGGAGAGAAAGCUUAUGCCCAAACAUGGUGAUCAGUUUUUUACCAUUUAGAGUAAGGAGUAAAAGUGGCCUUCAGUUUUACUUCAGGUAGUGACACUUUUUGUUAUAAAAAAUUUUAAACAUAUGUAAAAGUAGAGUGAAUAAAAC